CAAAAAAAAAACAUCUAAAAGUGCCCCAAAAAAAAAAUAUAUAUAUAAGUAAAAAACAGAAACAAAAAGAAUCGAAAUAAAUAUCAAAAAUGUCUGAUAUUCUGAACGUUGACCAGCAUCGAACCAUUGAGGAGUUCAAGCAGAAUCUGGAGGAACUUCUGCCCGAUCUGGACGCCAAUAAGGAUGGCUUCAUUGAUCUGCACGAGCUGAAAGAUGCACUCAAUCAGGUCGGCUUCAAGCUGGCCGGUUAUCAGGUGCGCGAGAUGAUCGAUGAGUUCAAGAGCAAACAGCGAACGGCGCAUCAGGGCAAAUUGAAUUUGGAUGAGUUUGAGACGCUGUGCCUGGAUUUGAAGUCAAAGGAUGUGGCCAGCACAUUCAAGACGGUCGUCUCCAAGAAGGAGAACUUGGAGACGUUAGGCGGCAUGUCCAGCAUAUCGUCCGAGGGCACCACGCAUUCGGUGCGGCUCGAGGAGCAGCUGGCCUUCUCCGAUUGGAUUAACUCGAAUCUGGGACAUGACAAGGAUCUGCAGCAUCUGCUGCCCAUCGAUGCCGAGGGCAAGCGUCUAUAUCAAUCGAUCAAGGACGGCAUCUUGCUGUGCAAGAUCAUCAAUCACUCCUGCCCCGACACAAUCGAUGAGCGCGCCAUCAACAAGAAGAGCCUGACCGUCUAUCGUGAAUUCGAGAAUCUGACGCUGGCGCUCGUCUCGUCGCAGGCCAUUGGCUGCAACAUUGUCAACAUUGAUGCCCACGAUUUGGCCAAGGGUAAGCCGCAUUUGGUGCUCGGCCUGCUCUGGCAGAUCAUUCGCAUUGGCCUGUUCAGUCACAUUACGCUGGACAGCUGUCCCGGCUUGGCCGGCCUGCUGUUCGACAAUGAGCGUUUGGAGGAUCUGAUGAAAAUGUCACCGGAGGCCAUAUUGCUCCGAUGGGUGAAUCAUCAUCUGGAGCGUGCCGGUAUCUCGAGACGCUGCACCAAUUUCCAAUCGGACAUUGUCGACUCCGAGAUCUAUACGCAUCUGCUGAAACAAAUUGCCGGCAAUGAGGCCGAUGUCAAUCUGGAUGCACUCCGCGAAUCCGAUCUGCAGUCACGUGCCGAGAUAAUGCUGCAGCAGGCGGCCAAAUUGAAUUGUCGCAGCUUCCUCACGCCACAGGAUGUCGUUAAUGGCGUCUACAAGCUGAAUUUGGCCUUUGUCGCCAAUCUGUUCAACAAUCAUCCCGGCCUGGACAAGCCCGAACAGAUCGAGGGACUCGAGUCCAUCGAGGAGACGCGCGAAGAGAAGACUUACCGCAACUGGAUGAAUUCGAUGGGCGUGGCGCCGCAUGUUAACUGGCUGUACUCGGAUUUGGCCGACGGCUUGGUCAUCUUCCAACUGUUCGAUGUCAUCAAGCCGGGCAUUGUCAAUUGGAGUCGCGUCCACAAGCGUUUCACGCCACUGCGCAAAUUCAUGGAGAAGCUGGAGAACUGCAAUUAUGCCGUUGAUCUCGGCAAGCAAUUGAAAUUCUCGCUCGUCGGCAUUGCUGGACAGGAUCUGAACGAUGGCAAUGCCACGCUCACAUUGGCUCUGAUCUGGCAACUGAUGCGCGCCUACACAUUGUCCAUAUUGUCCCGGCUGGCCAACUCGGGCAAUCCGAUCAUCGAGAAGGAGAUUGUCCAGUGGGUGAACACCCGGUUGAGCGACGCCGGCAAGGAGUCGAAGCUGAAAAACUUCAACGAUCCGGCGAUUGCCGAUGGCAAGAUCGUUAUUGAUCUGAUCGAUGCCAUCAAGGAGGGUAGCAUUAACUACGAACUGGUGCGCACCAGCGGCACUCAAGAGGAUAACCUGGCCAAUGCCAAGUAUGCCAUCUCAAUGGCGCGUAAGAUUGGCGCUCGUGUUUACGCCUUGCCCGAGGACAUCACCGAGGUCAAGCCAAAGAUGGUGAUGACCGUGUUUGCCUGCAUGAUGGCGCUGGACUAUGUACCCAACAUGGACAGCGUUGAUCAGAACAACCACAACAACAGCAACAACAGCAAUUGAAUCAACAAACAACAACGACAACAACAACUACAACUACUCAAUUAUACUUAAUCAAAAAGGAGAGUAACAAAGUAAAACCAACCAACCCACAACAAUAACAACAAAUAUGUAAACAAUACGUACUACAUACAUGCAUACCUACAUACAUACAAACAUACAUACAUACAUACAUACAUAUAUACAUACAUAAGUGCAUAUGUAUUUGCUAAUUAACUAAAAUUAACUUUUUAACAAGUGGCGAAAUAACAACAACAACAAAAACAACACAACAUGAAACAACAGCAAAUUGUUCUUGCAACGUUCUUUUAGAAUUUUUUUUUUAUUAUUAUUAUUGUAUUAUUUUUUUGCUAUUGUAAUUAAGCGUAAACAGUAAAAAAAAAACAAACAGCAAAAAAAA